CCGAUCCGCGCGCGAGCGACCCCGCGACGAAGAAGAUGCCCGGACGCUUCGCCGCGUUCAGAAAGCGGUUCGCGAUAAGCAAAGAUGAGAUGAUCAAGGCCGACAGCAAGUGGACGAAGCUGUGCACGUACACGACGGCGAAGAAGGUAAAGAUCGUGAACGCGAAGGUGGCUCUGUUUCACAAGGGCAUGAUCUUGGCGAUCAUAGGGUACAUCCUCGCGAACCUGGUCGCGUCGUUCGGGUACAUGAAAGUGGAGGCGCCGUUCGGUUCCACGAACGCGUACAUCUCGGACAGCACCUGGUCGACGACGCAAGCGACGUUGAAGGCUAACAACCCGAUUUACUGCGGCGGCGGCACGUGCCCCGGCACGGAUUGCUCCGGCACGAAUUCGACGUACGACUACACGUACAGCGCGAACUACGUGUACAACACGAACUACUGCGAGUACGACCUGGACAUCGGGGACGUGCUGACGAAGGGCGAGUCCGCGGCGUUCAUCACGACGUACUACCAGGACAAGCCCGCGGCAGGAACCUAUGUCAGCCUCCACGGUACAAACACAAUUACUUCGACGACUGCUGAAAGUAACUUUGCAGCCCCAGCCCUGAACGCCGGCAACAAGGCGACUGGGAACUACUUCGUCCCGGGCAUCGAGGAAAUGUACUUGAACUUCGAUCACACGGUGACGACGUCGUGGGACGCCACCACGACGAACGCGAAGAUGACCUUGGGUUCGAAGACGUACGCCAAGGGUGAAACCGUGAGCAUCAAGAUCCAAGACUUGCUCACCGAGGCGGGCGCGGAUCUCGACAGCGUCAACAUCGGCGCGGACCCGAGUGGAUCCACGACGGGGCCGUAUUACCGCAUUUCUGGUAUGCACCUCAAGUUCGAGAUGGAGUACUCGAACAUGAACCGCGAGACGCCGUUCAAUCACGAUGUCCACGCCAACGCGAAGGUGUCUUACACGACAGGGACGUGGAACUCGUUGGGCCCGAAGAUCGUCUACAAACAGCACACCGAUUUUGUGGUGUACAGGUAUCAGCGGUACGCGUACACGCUGCGCAUCUCCUUCGUCGCCAAGGGCUCGAUCGGGGUCUUCGACUGGUUCACGCUGUUCCUCAACCUCGCGGUCGCGUUGGGUCUGACCGGCGUCGCGAUCACCGUCGUGGACAUGGUCAGCGAAUUUUUCGUCGACGACUUCGCGGAUAAAAAGUACGACGACAGGAACGAGUGGCUCACGCUGCAGGCGUGCAUGGAGAACGCGGUCGAGACCGGGAUGCUCAAGCGGUACGCCGCGAAGCGAGGCAUACAGAUCCUGGGCGAUAAGAAGCUCGAGCGGAUGCAGUCGGGGAGCCGAUGAAGAGGACGAGGAGACGAGUGAGAUUUAUUUUCGUCGACGGGAGCGGCGCGUUCGUAGGGCUACAACGUACAGUACGACGCGAGUGAUGAGUAAUUUAGGGUAUUUUAAGGUAAGCGGUAAGUUAUGCG